CUGAGUUAGCCACCUGGGGCCCCAGAGUGGGCCCUCCAUCCUGUCAGAGGCCCGGCCAAAACCAGCAGGAAAAGGCCUCAGCCAGAGAAAGGGCAGAGGUGGACACACCGCCUCCACAUCGCCUCUGGGGGGCACCUCCCUCUUCCCUCCAGCUCUGCCUCAUUCCUCAAUGGCAGUGACCUCAGGGACCCUGGCCUUGGCUGGGGAUUGUAAAGGCGACCACCCUGGAAAAGAGCCUUCACUAUAAGACUGAACCCAGUUUAGCAAGGGUGACUUGCUCGACAAGGAGCUGGCAAGGAUUCUGAGUCCUGACACGGGGUACAGCCCGUUCCACCUGCCUCCCGACCCCAGGUGUGUUUCCCAGUGGCCCUGGAAGUCCCCGCGGAGAUGGAGUUGUGCCUGGAUGGUCCGACCUGAGGCUGCCCAUUCUCCACCUCUGCCUGCCCUCUUGAUCCCAGGAGUGUCCGGGAGGAAGUGCGCCGCCUCCACCAGCAUCAUCAUGAGCACACACGAAGGGCCCCGCCGCCCCUCCUCGCUGCCGCCCGCACCGUGUGCCCCGGAGGGCCCUGCUCCCUGGGGGGCUAUGGAGAGCACGAGCUCGGGGCGCCGUGAGGCCCCGAAGAGGCUGGGCCUUUCCUUCUCCAUCGAGGAGAUUUUAAAGAGGCCCGGUGAGAGGAGGGCCUUGCUCGGGCCGGAAGAGGCAGGCGGAGGGGACCCUGGGCCAGCAGCAGCUGCAGGCUCCCUCCCAGGAAGGCCCCCGCAGGACCAGCCGCAGGAGGAGAGGAAGAGCAAGCGGAGGGCCCGAACCACCUUCACCGCAGAGCAGCUGCGUGAGCUGGAGAAGAUCUUCCACUUCACCCACUAUCCAGAUGUCCAUAUCCGCAACCAGCUGGCAGCCAGGAUCAACCUCCCGGAAGCUCGGGUGCAGAUCUGGUUCCAGAAUCAGCGAGCCAAGUGGCGGAAGCAGAAGACUGGCAGCCUUGGGGCGUUGCAGCAGCUGAGUGAGGCCGACUUGACCCCAGCCACAAGUGUGGACAUGGCCGGUGCCAUGCUGCCACCGGCCGCUCUGCCCAGGCUGCCUCCUCCCACAGGCUGUUUUCCCCUGGCUCAGGGUCAGCUCACCUCUGCCUGGUUCCCUGCCCAGAUCACCCUCCUCCCGCACCACCCCUGGGAGACACGUCCUCUUCCAUACCCUCUCAUCAAGGAGCUCUGCAUCCCUGCAUUCCACUUCCUUCCGCCUCUGCAUCCCAAGUGGGGCGGCAUCUGUGCCACUUCAACAUAGGAACAUCUCUCACCAAAAGAGCUGCUCUCCUCUUCAGGUGAAGGCAUGUGGCCCAGGCCUCCGGGGGAAUCAAUCUCAUAAUCCAAAGACGGCCCACCGGCCAGGAAGUCUCCCUGGGCAUGGCCCUUAGAAGGCUGCGUCAGACUCGCAGCAACAUGACCAGUAAAGGGACUCUCAUCUCCCCUGGCCAGGGUUGUCCUCCUGGCCCAGAAGACAGAGGCUGUGAGAUCUCAGGAUGAGCUCUAGAGCAAGGAGGUGGUCCUCUUGCGCCUGUGCUUCCUCUCCCUUGCUGGGUGGCCCCCCAUCUGUCCCUCACCUCCUCUGGACCUCAUCUGUAACACAAAGCAGUUGGACAAGAUGACUCCGGGAACCCCCUGCCCUUACUUUGGUGAGACGAACCAUGGAGAGAACAGAGGUAUAGAGGAGGCCAAGGAGAGUUUUUUUGUUCAUCCACUCACGGCACUUUUAUUGAGCACCUACUGAGCGCUGCAUAAAUGGAACUGGAUAUAGACAUGAACAAGAAGGCUCUGCCCGCAGGAGCUCAGUCCAGGCCGGCAAAGGGUCAGAGCUGAGCUUGCCUAUAAGCAGAACAUUCGUUCAGUAACCUUCCAGUUGGCCCAGGUCUAACUCCUUCUAUAUGGCUGUGAUGUCAAUGUCCAAAAGUGGGAGAGAAAUAUAGCGAAGACUUUUAAAAAUUUUAAACGUAAUUUGUGUCUAUGGUAAUUCUGCUGGGUUGGGGAUAUCUUCAUUCCCUGUCUGAAUAAUGAGGAAGACAAUAAGCUCUUUUCAGAGUUCAUUACCCAGGACUUGUGCAAGAGCGCAGCUGGAACCAGCCUCACUCUGUACCGAAAAGCCUAAGAUUUCAUUUGACUCUGCCGUUUCCUUGCAGAGAGACCUGGGCAAACCACAUCCGAGCCUCGGUUUUCACUGUAGAUACAAAACAGAGGCAGUAGCCCCCACUCGCCUGCCUCACAGAGCCUAGGAAGGCACCAGCAGGGGGUCACAGUGCUUUGCAAAGCACGAGGGCCCAUGUGGAGUGACGUUGUCCCCAGAUUCCAGCAGGAAAGUGGCUGCUUUGGAUCCCAGCCCCAGAAUGAGUCGCUCCUGCUCCCCAGAGGCCAGCCACUACACCUCCCUUCCGCAUGAGCAUGGCUCUCCAGGGCUGGGCAGGCCGGACUGACCUCUAGGUACAAGUCAGCAGUUCAAGGAAUCUGCCCCAAAUCCCAAAGCCUCUGCAAUCUGCCCAGGUCCCUGACCCACAGAGGAGUUGCCCUGGGCGUCAGGAAGCCUGACUAUUAGCCCCGCACUCCUUCUA